AAAGCGCCCUCAUGGUAAAUCCAGUCGACGACAGUGAUGGCAAGCGAAAAGACAUUACAACGAGCCCGCUUACUUGAGUCCUAAGCCUUAGCGUUGUCUUUGAAAACGAAUUAUUUUCUAGUUUUCUUAUAAGUUUUACAAGUUGAUCAAAUCGAGCGUAUAUACAUGCUGUGACUGUUUGUUAAAGAUAAAUAAGAAAAAAAUCUUCGGCUUCACAUUUUCAAAUUCAUAAUUAUAUCAAUGGAUACCUCCGAUGAUGGAACAUAGUGCUUUACUUCGCCCAACAGUGAACUACAUGUAAUUGAGCCAUGUACAUCAAGUCGGGUCAUCGGUUUCUCACUGACAAAGGACAAAUUGUGUUUCCAGGUCCACCAACCCGUUCAGCCUUCUCGUUCUCGUACACAACCGCGCCAACGACGACCACCACAAGCACCACAACCGUUUUACCAGAACCUCAACACGUCGAUGACCACAGUAACUAUAUUGAUAUGUGGCGAAGUAAAUCUGCCCCCAAUUCGGGCAUGCUUUCAGACAAAAUACAGAUGUUCUACAUUUACAUCACGAUAACGAUAACUUCUGUGUUCGCAUUGAUUAUACUAGGAAUACUAGGCUAUAUAUGCUACAAACGGAAGGGAUUUCAAAACAUUGAGAGUCAACACAACUUUGAAAGCACUAGAAGGAACAGUCGCCGAAGUUCUCGCAGCAAUUCCAGGAAUUACUCGAGAGAAUGGGAGAUUGAGAACUUUCCCCGGCAAUAUCUACUCCAUUCAUAAAAGGUCAAACUGUUACACACAUUUGAUAAAUGUAUAACUUUUUUUAAAGAUUAUUUUAAUUACUUUGAACACAAAUAAAACAGGUGUCUUAAUCGCAUGAGAAUGCA